AUGUUCAGCUGGUAUCAGAACGCAAAAAAGUGUUACGUUUACCUUUCAGACGUCGAGUACAACACUCCUGAUGCGGAAAGUGAAUCAAGCCCGAGAUGGAAGCCGGCCUUCAGGAAGAGCAAGUGGUUCAAUAGAGGUUGGACACUCCAGGAACUGCUUGCGCCUGCAUCGGUUGUAUUCUAUUCGAAAGAGGGAGACCUGCUAGGGGACAAACAGUCUCUAAAAGACACUAUCCAUGAGAUCACCGGAAUACCUAUCGAAGCUCUGCAAGGGAGUCCAUUAACCGACUUUAGCGUGGCCGAACGCUUUUCAUGGACAGAGUAUCGUGAGACAACACGCGAAGAAGACGCCGCAUACUGUCUGCUAGGCAUCUUUGGCAUCUACAUCGAAGAGAGGUUUAGCAAGAUCUGCAGCUGGCUUUCGGCGCCUGACCCAUCUACGAACUACCACAAAGCGCACAAGCAGCGGCAGGCUGAGACUGGGCUCUGGCUGCUGGAAAGCGCAAAGUUCACUAAAUGGAAGGAGAGUGCAGCAUCGCGACUGUGGCUGUACGGGAUUCCAGGCUGUGGAAAGACUAUCCUGAGCUCUACUAUCAUCCAGCAUCUGAUACAUCAUUGCGAUGAUGACGUUCGUGUAGUGACAGCAUACUUCUACUUCGACUUCAAUGAUGCACAAAAGCAGGAUGCAGAGCUAAUGCUGCGCUCGUUGCUCUGCCAGCUCCUGCAGCGUUCUUUGACGAUACCCAAGGGCGUUGACGCGUUGUUUUCGUCCUGCGAGAAUGGGCAACGGCAACCGUCAUUGGAUGCACUUUUAGAGGUAACGCGGCAGGCGAUGCAAGAGUUCGCGUACGUCUACGUCGUUGUCGAUGCUCUCGACGAAUGCACGCAGCGCUCUGAGCUGAUGGACAUGCUCGAAACGGUGGCUGGAUGGCGGCUUGACAACCUGCAUCUGCUUAUGACCAGCCGAAAAGAGCGGGAUAUUGAGACAUCCUUAGAGAGUUACGUCGGUGAAGAGGCCACUGUCUGUCUUCAGACAGAUGUAGUUGAUCAGGACAUACAACGAUACGUUCGACAAAGGCUGCGUGUUAACAAGGGCUUGGCAAAAUGGAACAAAGACGCUGCUAUUAGACAAGAGAUUGAGACUGCAAUGAUGCGCGGAGCUUGCGGGAUGUUUCGGUGGGCUGCAUGCCAGCUGGACACACUUGAAAAGUGUUGCAAUCGAGCGAUGCUGCGCAAGUCUCUUGCCACUUUGCCGCGAACGUUAGACCAGACAUACGACCGCAUUCUCUUCACGAUAAGCGAGGAAUAUUCUGAGUAUGCGAUGCGCAUCCUCCAAUGGCUGACGUUUUCUGCGCGGCCGCUGUCCGUCGAGGAGAUGGCUGAAGUCGUCGCUAUCGACGUGGCACGCGACCCAGCGUUCGACCGUGACGAGGUGCUAGAAGACCCGCUAGAAGUGCUGAACAUUUGCUCGAGUCUAGUCACUAUUACAAGGAGUGAAGCGGAUGGAACAUCAAGGCCUGCUCAACAGAUCAUCGCUCUAGCACACUACUCAGUCCAGGAGUACCUUGUGUCGGACAGGAUCAAGCAAGGAUCAGCAAAGCAGUACAAUGUCGGCGCUGGCACGAUACUGAUUAAAGCAGGCGCUGAGGUUGAUGCACAGAAUGGAGACUACGCUUCAUCUGAAGGCCACGAGCUAAUAGUCAAGAUGCUGCUCGACAACAAGGCCAAUAUCAACGCGCAAGGUGGCAAAUAUAGCAAUGCGCUCCAGGCAGCUGCAGCUGCAGGUCACCAAGCAAUAGUACAGCUGCUUCUUGAUAACGGUGCGGAUGUCAACAGACAGGGUGGUCUCUAUGGCAACGCUCUAAAUGCGGCUGCAGCUGAGUGUCAUGCAACCAUCGUCAAGCUCUUACUCGAGAAUGCUGCCGAGAUCUCGCGACACGAUGACCAAGGGAAGAGUGUUCUGCAUCAUGCUACGAACAGCGCGUAUUGCACUCACACUCUCGUCGAGUUUCUGCUCUCACAAGGUGCUCCGGCAAACACGAUCGACAUGGAGAACAUGACUCCACUACAUUACAGCGUCAAGCUCGGCCACGAACGCAUAGCAGGAUUGCUUCUUGACAACGGGGUGUCCAUUGAUGCCGGUGUUCAUCGAAAGACAUGUUCUCGGAACACCGUCAAGACCGACCCCUCUUGCCGGAUGUCGAUUCCAGAGUCCAAGCCCGAUAUCUCCUGUAUUUCAGCUGGUCUAACGCCUUUACACUUCGCUGCCUUGGCUGGCAAUUCGGUCAUGACCAAGUUCCUGCUGAAGCGUGGCGCUGAUCCGAACGCUCUGUCCGAAUACAACGAGUCCCCGAUGCAUCUCACGUUACGUAAGACCCUGCACGGACCAAAGUAUGCCGACGAUUGGACCAACCAGGACUGGAGGGUAGAAAAUUUGUUAGAUUUCCUGGACUUUGAAGACGAGACCGAUGCAAUUCAUGCGGACAUAAGAACGCAUCGUGAAGGCGUGCUCGAUGCAAUGUUCGCAGAUGUUAGAACCAGUUUGACGAUCAGAGACCAUCACCAUGACCACCCUUUGCACUGCGUCGAGUAUGGGAAAUUUGGAAGUGUGGAGAUGGUCGAGAAACUAGUGUCUAGAGGAGCAAAUCCGUUCGAAAGGAACAUGAAGCAGCAGAGCGCACUGCAUCUUGCUAGUCAAGCUGGCAACCACGACGCGGUCGCUGUUCUACUUUCCCUUGGAGUUGAACUUGCCUUGACGGACUCUGAGGGACUCCAUGCUCUUCACCACGCCGCACGGAGUGGAAACCAUCAAACAAUCAAUAUCCUUCUAGAAACAGCUAUGGCAACAAGACCAAGCUUACUGGUGUCGAAGGACACUUUGGGUAGAAACUCGCUCCACCACCUGUUGUCUACGACCUCUAGGGUUCAGCAUGAGACAUUACAGUUGAUGCUCGACAAGGGGAUAGAUGGUUCAGAGUUGGAUGCAUCUGGCAACUCACCGUUGGCAAGCUACUUCAAAGGACAUUGGUUGGGACCUAAUGUGAACAUCUGCCAACAAUUGCUUUUGGUCAAAGGAAGCUCUUUGUUUGUUGACAGAAAAGGACAAAACCUUGGACACUUAUGCGCUUCGACUUUGAGAUGCAGCGUUCGAGUUUUCGAAACCCUGAGGGAACACGGUGUUGAUCUGACACAAAAAGACUUACAAAGCAGGACACUAUUGCACUGUGCUGCGUUAAGAGGAUCCAUUACCGAAGAAUCCCUGCAUUACCUUCUCCAUGUUAUCGGGGUUGAGAUUAAUGCAGAGGACGCGCUCUGGAAAAACAGCGUUACAGCAUGCAACAGAGAUGGCAUCGAAAGACCGCAACCCACGAAUAUUCGAUCCUAG